ACAUAUGUCAGAGUCAAGGCCCGCGGGCCACAUCCGGCCCGCGAGAAGGUUUUUUACGGCCCCUGGGAUGAUCUUGAUUUAUUAUUAGAACCGGCCCGCAGCCCGCAGAUCUUUUACACGCACCAAUACUACAUUUCCCACAAUGCAACGGUGACGCACCGAGCAGUAGGCUGCUUCAUUUCAAUAUUUAUUGGCACAGCAGUCGUCAGCAUCACAGUAAAAUUAACUUUCAGAUACCCAUCAAAAAUGGCAAAACGGAAGGUGGACACUGAGAACCGGGGGUUUCAAACAAGGUGGGAGUCGGAGUAUAUGUUCACGGAGGUAGCUGGAAAACCUGUGUGUCUUCUGUGUGGAGAAAGUGUGGCGGUACUGAAAGAGUAUAAUCUGAGACGACAUUAUGAAACGAAACACGCGGACAAAAACAAGAAUAUGGACAUGGAACAAAGGCUACAAAAGGCAGAGGAAUUAAAACGAGGCCUCAAAUCUCGACAGGCUCUGUUCAAAAAAGCCAAAUCACAAGGCCAGGCUGCUGUCAAGGCCAGUUUUAUUUUGGCAGAAGAGAUCGCUAAAUCAGCCCGGCCAUUUACGGAGGGGGAUUUCAUCAAAAACUGCAUGAUUAAAGUUUGUGACGAAGUUUGCCCAGAAAAAAGGCAACUCUUUUUAAAUGUGAGUCUGAGCAGAAACACCAUUGCCGAGAGAGUAGACCAGUUGUCCAUCAAUCUAAAAGAGCAGCUUGUGAAAGAGGGAAAAUAUUUCAUUGCAUAUUCCUUGGCUGUGGAUGAGAGCACCGACAUUUCUGACAUUGCCCAGUUGUCAAUUUUCAUCCGCGGAGUGGACUCCAGCCUAAGCGUGACAGAGGAGUUUUUGGCUUUACGUCCUAUGCAUGGCACAACUACGGGGCAUGAUUUAUAUGAAGAGGUGUCAAGAUGUGUAAAUGAGAUGGAGCUGCCUUGGGAAAAACUCGUGGGUUUGACAACCGACGGAGCACCUGCGAUGUGUGGACACAGGAGCGGACUGGUGGCGAAGAUACGGGAAAAGAUGCAAGAGGAAAACGCGACAGGUGAGCUGACAGCUUAUCAUUGUAUCAUACACCAGGAAGCGUUGUGCGGUAAAGCCUUGAAAAUGGAGCAUGUAAUGAGCAUCAUCACGCGCACAGUUAACUUUAUCAGAGCCAAAGGUUUGAAUCACCGCCAGUUCAAGGCAUUUCUGACGGAGUUAGAAACGGAGCAUGGUGAUUUGCCUUAUCACACAGAGGUGCGAUGGCUAAGCCAGGGAAAGGUGCUUCAAAGAUGUUUCGAGCUUCGUGAGGAGAUUUGUCUGUUCUUGGACAGCAAAGGGAAAGACACAACACAACUCCGAGACGAAAUGUUUCUGUGUGAAAUGGCUUUUCUGUGUGACAUUACGAGUCAUCUGAAUGCAAUGAACUUGCAGCUGCAGGGUCGGGAUCAUGUCAUCUCUGAUAUGUACAGUACAGUGAAGGCAUUUAAAACCAAACUGACUCUGUGGGAGACGCAGAUGCGGAAAGAAAAUUUGAGCCACUUUCCCAGCUGCCAGACCAUGAAAGAGAAGCUCUCUACCAGUGCGUUCCCGAGCGCACAGUUGGCUGAUAAAAUAGGUAUGCUUGCCGCUGACUUUCGACGCCGAUUUGCUGACUUUGAAGCACAAAAAAGCAGGUUGGAACUGCUCGGUAACCCAUUUGCUGUUGACGUGGAAAGCUCACCACCAAACCUCCAAAUGGAGUUGAUUGACCUCCAAUGCAAUGAUGCACUGAGGGCAAAAUAUGCGGCAGUGGGUGCUGCGGAGUUCGCCCGUUUCCUCCCCGACACAAUGCCCCAGCUGCGCAUCCAGGCUGCUCAAACGUUGUCUAUGUUUGGCAGCACAUACCUGUGUGAACAACUGUUUUCUUUGAUGAACCUGAACAAAACAUCACACAGAAGUCGACUUACUGCUGAACACCUCCACUCAAUUCUGAGGAUUUCCUCAGCUCAGAGCCUUACCCCGAACAUUGAUGAACUUGUGGAAAAGAUGGGACACCACCAAGUAUCACCCUCAACCUCAAACAAGUGAACAUUACUGUGCAAUCACAUAUUUAGAGUUUUUACUCAGUUCAAGUUUAAAAGUUAAAGUUUAAUAUUUGUUUUCACUGCAUGUUACUUCUCCUUAAACAAAGUGUUGUUUUUGAUUAAUAGAUUUUUGCACUUUAUUUUAUUGUAUUUCAAUCCAAUUAUAUUUUAAAAAUAUUUCAGUUGAGUGGAUGAUAGAAAAUUGCUAUUAUUGUUUUUUUCUUUGAAGUAAAUUUAGCCCACUUUUGCUAAAAUAGAAAAUAUAGGCUACUGAUGGUGCCUUGAAUACCGGUUUCUUUCAUUUAAUGUUCAUGUUAUGGGGAUUUUUAUAUAAAGGAAAUUUGUCUUUUGUGUCUGUUGAAAAUUAAAGAUUACUGACAGAGCCAUAAGAAAAUAUUGCUUUAUUUAUCUGAUCAUAUUGGAAUAUAUUUGUUAGGUUUUCAGUAGGUUCAAUUAGGUUCACUAGACUAUAUGCGUCAUUUAAAAAUUUUUCAAUGAACAUUCGAACAGUCCGGCCCUCGGCUUGUAGCUAAAUUUUUUAUUUGGCCCUCCGUCCAUUUGACUUUGAC